UCUUCCUAUCUCUUCCUCGGGGAGGGCACGUUUCUCUUAACGAGCGAGCCGUGUGGCUGCAUCAACGCCAGACAUAAGACCGCUGACGGAGCGGACAUCAUGAAACGCCUGGCUAGAAAUCCUACCGCGCCACUCUGCGAAGGAAAAUCGGAAAACGUGCCGUACCAGACCAUACAAGGCGCUCGCUCUCGAAGUCGCCGUGCUCGCGUGCUUUUUGCGGCGCGUAGCUACGCACGACUGCCCGAGGAGCAUCCGAACGCCCAGCGGAGCCGCCUCCGCACCUGCCUCCUUGACCCCCGGGAGGAGGAGGAGGAGGAGGAGGAGGAGGAGGAGGAGGAGGAGGAGGAGGAGGAGGAGGCCUCGGGGCCCCGCUGGGGCGCCCACUCCGAGCGUGUAGCCCGGCGCCGGGGGGGCACCUCUGCGGGCAACACACCACGGGGCCGCCCCGACGAAGAGGGCCACUCUUGCGCGCAGCCGGCGUGGCCGACUGGCCUGCCCCUCGCCCUCGCGCCGAGGUGGCUCUUGCCUCGAAUUCGGCCGCGCCCGCGCGCCCGCAGGCCGGGACGGCUCGGCGGCGCAGAGCCGCGGCGCUCGCCCGCCGUCGCCGCCGGAGGGGCCUCGGCGGCGCGCGGCGUGCGGCGCGCGCGCCGCCACGCGGCGGGGUUAAGAACUGUAGCGCAUGGGUGCCGUGCCAGAGAAGUGGAAAGAUUGAGACAGAGGCGGGGGUGGCGGUGGGGGUGGUGCGAGGCGGAGGCGGCGGACACGGACGUGGGUUUGAAAGAUGAGGGGGAGGCGUAAAGGGGGCCUUCUGUCGGGGGACCCUUUAGGUACCCCGAGGGCCUCUCAAAAUCGAACUGGGCAGCGCCCUUGAAAAGGGAGAUUCUGAUCAAGCCCUGCGUCUCCCACGCGAGGGGCCGUCAAACGUUAAGCUCACGUAGCUCGGCGGGCCCGUCUCCAAAGCCCCCCCUUUUUCCCCAGUCACCAAACCCGGUCCAGUUCCACGUCGUGCGCGGCCUGCCAUGGCCUGCCUCAGAGACGCUUGGGCCUCGUGAGCUACUUCGCGUCAGCGACGUCGCGGGGGCUCUACCCCGCAAGCACGUAUACCAGCUCGUGCGCAACUCGUCUGCCCAGAAAGGACCGGGCUGGCGCUGGGUAGGCUGCUGAAUUCUGUGACGGAGACGCCUGUACACGCCUAUC